GUCUGUCAUUCAUUCAGCUGUGCAUUGUUUACAAUUGAUUUGUUGCCACCGUACCGCUGCUGCAGUCGUGCCGGAACUGCUCAAUUCUUCUAGGAACAAACCAGCACAAAUCGAAAUGCUUCUCAGACGGUGUACUACCAGCACCACCAUCAACACCUUACGAUGGCCUGCUACGAAGCUACUAGCCGUUGGACAAAAUAUACACCGACCGGUGGCUGGCACACGAUGGCUUCAUCGAACCGUCCCAGCACAGGCCCCAUUCACCGUAGCACCACUGCCCGAACGCAAGUUUGUCCGCGUGCAAGGUCCCGAUUCGGUCAGCUUUCUGCAGGGGCUAAUGACGAACGAUAUGCGACACUUCGAACACAGCGGGGCAAUUUACGCAAUGUUCCUUAAAGCGAAUGGACGCGUUUUCUGUGAUACACUCAUCUACAAACGACCACAGACGGCGGAAACGGACCAGCACGAUUAUCUGCUCGAGUGUGAUGCCACGGUGGCGCCGAGGUUGGAGAAGCACCUGAAGCUUUACCGGUUGCGAAAGAAGGUGCAGGUGGGAAUGGACGACGAAUACCGGGCAUGGGUUGCGUUCAAGGAAGAAACGGUGCCGGGUGAAGAAGAAGCAGGCCCGGUUACAAAGGACCGAUUACAUGUCGUUAAAGAUCCUCGUUUGCCAAGGCUUGGAUACCGGGUGUUUAGCAGCAAAGAAGAAACCGCCACAAGGGAGCUUUUGAAAAGCGUUUUCCCUGAUGCAAUAACAGCGCCGGACACAUCACUCCCGUACACCGUAUUCCGCUACUCGCUCGGCAUCGGGGAAGGAGAAGAAAAUCUUCCGGACGGGAAAUGUUUCCCGCUCGAAUGUAACUGCGAUCUGCUGCACGGCGUUAGCUUCCACAAGGGUUGCUACAUCGGACAGGAACUAACCGCAAGAACGUACCACACUGGUGUGAUACGGAAAAGGUUGAUGCCGCUCGUGUUCGAAACGGCGCCCAAGCUGUCCGCCGCCGACCCGGACGCGUUGCGUGAUGCUGAGAUAAAAAAUGCGGAAGGGGCCGUAGUUGGGAAACUGCGUGGGCUGGCUGGGAAUCGUGGUGUGGGAUUGCUGCGCAUUGAGAAGGUUCUACCCGGAGGACAGCUUACGUUGAAUGUGGCAGGCGAAGCAAAUCCCAUUCCCUGUCACACUAGUAAACCUUCCUGGUGGCCCAAAGAGCUGAACACACGAACUUAAUUUUGUGUCCCCAUAUUUUGAGAAGAGCAAGAGAAAAAAUACGUUUUGCAAAGGAUUAUUAGCUUGUUUUUCUUUCUCUCUUUCUCGUUUUGCAUCCGGUAAACCGCUUCCUGUAAAAAAGCAGAAAUGAAGACAUCACAGCAUGCCUCGACGGAGCCGGCGGUGCGAGAGAAAGCCGUAUUAGCAACAGCAGCAGAAGAACCACAGCCGACUGUGAUCGCUUUUCGGUGUGAGCUGUGCGGUUUAAGCGAGAGCUGCGAUUAUCGAGGCCGCCGACCACCGUUUGCCAGCAAAAUUGAACUUCCCGAAGAGUGUUACGUAAUGCGCGAUCCAUUCGCGCCACCACCACAAGCCGUACCGGACAAACCGUCGAGCGAGCACUAUCUUCUGCUCGGUGCGAAUUGCAAUCUGUGCCGGAAGAGCGUCUGUAAAGCGAGUGCGUGUAGUUUUUUCUACGGGGCUACCUUUUGCCGGCAUUGUGCCACGAACCGGGUGCAGGAAUUUCCGCUCGAAGUGCGGAGCAAAAUAAAAAAGCAAUUUGCCUAGUUACCGUAGCUGUGCUAGGCACAGGGAUCAAUUCACUGAA